AUGGAGACUAAGCUUAGUGUAGGUUCUAUUUCUAAAUUUCGCAAUGCCUUUAAAUUUCCUAAUGGUACAGAGGUCCCUAGAAUAGGUCUUAGUGGUGGUUUGCUUUUUCUUUGGAAUUCUAAUGUAAAUGUAACUAUUAUAAAUUAUGGAAGGCACUUUGUUGAUUGUUACAUAGCUCUUCUUGAUGGGCCUACUUGUCACUUCUCUGGUUUUUACGGAUCUCCUGUUGUUGCACAAAGGAAAUUCACUUGGGGACUUUUAAAGAAGCUUAAAGACUCGGCCCCUUUACUGCCUUGGCUUAUCAUGGGAGAUUUUAAUGAGAUUAUUUCCCACACAGAUAAGUCAGAUCACAGGGCCCUCAUGGUUACUACUCAACCUCUUUCGUCUAUUACUGCACAAAAAUUCAAAUCUAGAUUUAGAUUUGAAAGGCUAUGGCUCCAUGAAGAUGAUUAUUCUACCAUUAUUGCAAAUAACUGGCAUAAUUCUUUGGCAAACCUGACUUCACAAUUGCUGCAAAAUCUUGCAGAUUUUGCCACCAACUUGCAAUCUUGGCAUAGAGUUAAAUUUGGAGACUUACCAAAAAAGAUCAAGAUCUCUCAAGACAAAAUUGCUGCUCUUCACAACUCAUAUGACACUAGUAGAUCUCAUUUUGAAGAACUAAAAUCAACUAAUACAAGGAAUAACACCAACACAAUCAAAGAACUUCUCGAUGACCAAGGCGUUUUACAUACUACACAGCAGGGAAUUGGUUCGAUUGUUGAGAAUUAUUUUCAAAAUAUAUUCUCUACUGCUGGUUUUGAUGCUGAAGCAGUACAACAUGUUUUACACACAGUGUCGUGCACCAUAUCAGCUGAUAUUAACAGAUCGUUACUGGCGCCAUACACUCGUGAGGAUGUUUUUAAUGCUUUAUCUUCUAUGAGCGAUGAUAGCAGCCCUGGGCUUGACGGAAUGUCGGUCAUGUUCUACACUAAUUAUUGGCAUAUUGUGGGUGAUUUGGUGUCCCAAACUGUCCUUGAAGUGCUGAAUAAUGGUGCGGAUCCUUCUUGCUUCAAUCAAACUCUAAUUACUUUGAUCCCUAAAGUCAAGAAGCUGAAUUCAAUGUCCAAGCUACGACCCAUCAGCCUCUGUAAUGUGUUGUACAAAUUAGUUUCUAAAGCAAUUGUGAUUCGAAUAAAACCUUAUCUGUCAAUGGUUAUAUCCGAAUCUGAAAGUACUUUCCUCCAAUCAAGGCUCAUUACGGAUAACGUUUUGGUUGCUUUUGAACUCCUCCACUCCUUAAAACACUUAAACAGAGGCAAGGAAGGAUAUGCAGCCAUUAAGCUUGACAUGAGCAAAGCUUUCGAUGUAUCAGCACGCCUUGUUCUCUGCCGUGCUAAUCAAAAAUCUGCCAUGGCUAUCAAGCGAUCACUUGCUUAUUAUUGCAGAGCAUCAGGACAAAGUCUCAAUGUUGAAAAGUCGGUUCUCUCUUUUUCUCUGAAUACUCUUCUUGCGAUCCAGCAGCAUGUACAGCAGGCAGAGACAAAAAAAUGCUUUUUUGGUGAAAUUAAGGAUAAGCUUUGGAAUUUAUUAUCAGCUUGGCAAGAGAAGCUCUUCUCCAUUGGCGGCAAAGAAGUUUUACUCAAAGCGGUGGCGCAAUCCAUCGCAACUUACGCUAUGAGCUGUUUUAAACUCUCCAAAUCUCUUAUUGGUCAGAUUGAAACCAUGUGCAACAAAUUUUGGUGGGGUUCUAACUCCUCCUCAUCGGGUAUAAAUUGGAAAACAUGGAAGGCUCUAACACAAUCAAAGCCUGGAAUCACUUCAUUUAGGCCGCUGGUUUUCAAUGGGACAAAUAUCAAUAUGAAGGUUGCUGAUCUUAUAAAUAAUGAUAGACAAUGGGACCAUUACAAGCUUUCCUUGCUCUUUCUUGAAUCGGAUGUCACCAAAAUAAUAAGCUUGCCAUUAACACUCACUUCUCAGCAAGAUCAACUCAUAUGGCAUCAUGAUUCUCAUGGGUUCUAUACGGUUAAAUCGGGGUACAAGCUUGCUACAGAUUUGGAAGAACAACAACCGAAUGGCAGCAGUAUUCAAGCUCAGCAAUGGUGGCAAAAGUUUUGGAAAAUGAAAGUGCCAUCAAAGAUUAGAAUUUUCUUAUCGCGUGCUAUUCAUGAUUGUCUCCCAGUUGCGGACAUCCUUCACUAUCGACACAUUUCGGAUACCGAUCGCUGCUCUUUGUGUAACAGAACUAAAGAAACCAUCUCUCUUGCUCUCUUUUUCUGCAAAAGGGCCAAGAAAGUUUGGCAAACUUCAGCCUUCAAUAUCGUUGAUCUGUUUCCACCAGAAAUGAAAUUGAUGGAAUUUUUUCUUCAUAUUUCAUCCUGCUGGUCUUCUCUGCUGCUUGAACAAUUUGCUACUAUUUUAUGGAGCAUUUGGACAGAAAGGAUUAAAGAGAAACAUGGUACGAAACCAAAACCAUAUGAUGUUCUCCUUUAUUUUGCACUCUCUUACUUGGAGGAUUAUCACUCUGCUACACAACCAUCAGCACCUACGACAUCAACAACUUCUACUGCACUUUCUUCAACAGGCGAUUCGGCAGUCUCUUGGAUCAAUCCUCCUUCGGGUCGCCUGAAACUGAACACAGACGCUGCUAUCAACGCAAGGAAUCAAAUGUCUGGGUUUGGUGCUGUUCUUAUGAAUAGCUCUGGUGAUAUUAUUGCAGCAAUGUCUUGCCCCUUCAAAGGUUGUUUUAAGCCUGACAUUAUGGAAGCCUUAGCUCUAAUGCAUUGUCUACAGUGA